AUGAUGGAAUUAGCAUUUGAUAUUGGUGCCGAGAGAAGCAAAAGAGAGACUGCAAUGAGUAAUCUUGUAGUGUUAGCUAGAGAAAAGGCAGGAGCCGAUGUAAUGUUCCGUGAGAAUAUAGCUACUCGUGUCGAGGAUUCAAAGCCAGAUCAACAAUUAGUUGAAGAUAAUAAGAAUGAAAUUGAUACAAUUCUUACAUGCUUGGUUUAUGCAACAACAGAUCGUACAAUUACUGGCGAAGCUCGUGAUGCUGUUGUAGAAUUAUUGAUCAGAAAUGCUCAUCAUCAAACACUUAAUUGGGCUGAACGUCUUAUCGAGCAAAAGGGUCUUUAUCGUUUGAUGGAAAUUUGUAGUGAAUUAGAGGAAUAUAAAUAUGAGAGUGCAAUGCCAAUAACACCAUCGUCUAGAACCAUCGCUUCCGUUUGUUUAGCAAGAAUUUAUGAAAACAUGUACUAUGAUGAAGCUCGACAACGAUUCAUUGCUCACAUUGAUGAAUAUAUAAGGGAUAAGCUUUUAAAUCCAGAAUUUGAAUCAAAAGUUCGUGUUGUAGUCGCUUUAACAUCAUUUCUUCUUGGUCCAUUAGAUGUUGGCAAUACAAUUUUUGCACGUGAUGGAAUCAUGCAAAUGAUUUUAGCAAUGGCAAGUGAUGAUGAAUUGUUACAUCAAAAAGUAGCUUCUGAAUGUCUUAUUGCUGCAGCAUCAAAGAAGGAUAAGGCUAAAGCAUUAAUAGCAAUAGUUGGAUUAUGUAAAUUAGGUAGCUCUGGUGGCCUUGAUGCAUCUAUUCGUCCAUUUGCUGAUGGAUCAACUGUUAAACUAGCUGAAGCAUGUCGUCGUUUUCUCAUUAAACCUGGUAAAGAUAAGGAUAUUCGUAAAUUUGCAGCUGAAGGAUUGUCAUUCCUUACACUUGAUGCUGAUGUUAAAGAGAAAUUAAUUGAUGAUAAAUUGGCUAUUCAAGCACUCAUUGAACUAGCUAAAACUGGAGAUCAAUCUGUCAUUUAUGGUGUUGUUACUACACUUGUAAAUCUUGUCAAUGCUUAUGAAAAGCAGGAAAUGCUUCCUGAACUUAUGGAACUUGCUAAAUUCGCAAAACAUCAUGUUCCAGAAGAAUCAGAACUCGAUGAUCCAGAUUUUGUAGCCAAACGUAUUAAUACAUUGGCAGAAGAAGGUACUGAAAAGGGCAAACGAAAUGCUGGUCAGGCUUUGUCACGUUUAGGUAUCACUAUCAAUCCCGAACAAGCAUUUCCUGGACAACGAUCAUUAGAAGUUGUUAGACCAUUACUUAAUCAACUUCAUCCAGACUAUAGUGCACUCGAGAAUUUUGAAGCACUUUUGGCACUUUGUAAUUUAGCUCAAAUGAAUGAUUCAGUUCGCAAUCGCAUAAUGAAAGAGAAAGGAAUGUCACGUAUUGAAAUGUUCUUAAUGGAAGAUCACAUCUUGUUGACUAGAGCUGCCACACAAGUAAUUUGCAACAUGGUUUUGAAUGAGGAUUAUAUAAAAUGGCAUGAAGGAGACAAUGAUCGCGUAAAAUUCUUAGCACUGUUGUGCGAGGAGGAAGAUGAAGAAACAGCUUUAGCAUGUAGUGGUGCAUUAGCAAUUCUGACAUCUAAUAGUGCAAAAUGUUGUGAGAAAAUGAUAACUCCAUCGUCAUGGCUUGAAAUUUUGCAUACGUUAAUAGCGAAUCCAAGCCCUGAUGUACAGUUUAGAGGAAUUGUCAUAAUUCACAACAUGAUUCGACAGAGUAAAACAGUUGCUGAGAAAAUAUUCGAUACUGAUGUUUUGCAGCUUUUAAUGGGUGUCACUCAGCUUAACGACGAGAAAAGAUCAAAGGCAAUUGAAGAAGCCAAAUUAUGCCUAAAGACAGCAGAAGAUAUGAAAUUAAUUCAAGAAAAGAAAGAUGAUGCGAAUGAUAUGAUGCCAGAUGUCUUUCAACAACCUCAAAAUGAAGAUUUAGAAGAAGAAAACGAGUGA